AUGAAACGUUCAUAUGGAGAAGGAAUUAAAAAUCACAGUAUUAAAAAAUAUUUUAAAAAGGCAUCUGAAAAUGAAGUCAUCUUGGCGAGAAUGUCUACAAAUGAUGUCGAUUCGUCAAAUGAUUCAUUAUCAUUAGCAUCUAAUACACAAUCAAUUGUAUUUCAAAACAUUUCAAAUAAAGAUGAAACAAUUGUAGAACCAAGCACACCAAUGAUUGAAAAUAGAGAUUUAGUCCGAAGUGGUGAACAAACGAAUGAAUCAACAGCAGGAAUAUCAAGUACAAGUUCUUUGGAAAUGAUACCAUCAACAACAACCAUCAAUGCGGUCAAUAAUAAUCAAUAUUCUUUCGAUGUCGAACAAAUUGGUGUAAAGCUUCGUCUAAUUGAACAAUUAAUAGGUUCAUGCCAGGAUUUAAUUAAACAAUCAACAUCCAUCGAUUUAUGUAUUGAAACUUUUGCAAAAAAUUCUAAUGGUUUUGCUGAUGCACUUAUUCAAGCUAGUACUGAAUUAAAAUGUUUGUGUACAAAUAUUGUAUCAACAAUUGAAUCAAAUCGAAACAAAAUUACAAUAACUGAACAUGAAGAAGAUAAAAUGGUUAAUCGAGAUCCAGGAAAAUUAGAUACUCAUUUUUCAUCUGUCACACAUAGAUCGAGUGUUGAACGUUAUUUAAACUAUAAAACAAAAAAAGUGAAUAUCGAUUUAAUGUUGGAUAGCAGUCGACGUAAAGCAAAUCAAGAACAAGAAUCAAUUUUACAAUUAAAUAAGCAGGUGAUAGUAACAUUACUUGAUUCAGCUCGUUAUCUGAUAAAACAAGGAAACUUUAUUCAACUUGUCAAUCUUCUACGUCGAAGUAACAUUACAUUGAAUGAUUGGUUUUCACAAGUUAAAUUACAAAAAUAUCAAGUAUCAUAUAUGAGCAAAAGAUCCCAAGAUGAAUAUAUACAAUUAUUAGGUGCUGCAAUUGAACAUCAAAUUGUCAAUGAAAUUAAUCAAUCAUCGUUUAUAUCCAUUUUGAUCGAUAGUACCCCAGAUUUGUCACAUCGAGAAAUGUAUUCCAUUGUCAUUCGAUAUACAUAUAAUUAUCAAGUAAAAGAACGUUUGCUCUCAUUGCAAAAAUUAGCAAGCAAAGUAGGUGAAGACAUUUGUCAGUUAUUAUUAGAUACAUUAGGUCGAAAAGGUAUGUCAACAGACAAAAUUGUUGGGCAAUGCUACGAUAAUUCACCCAACAUGAGUGGUGUUAACAAGGGUGUACAAGCAUGUAUCAAUAAAAAGUUAAAUCGACAAAUAAUACAUAUACCAUGUGAAGCUCACAGCUCAAAUUUAGCUGUGGAACAUGCCUGUGAUUGUUCAACUGAAUUCAUCAAUUUAUUUAUGUUUUUAGAAGAAUUAUAUAAUUUUUUUACGUCUAGUGUGAAACGGUACUAUGUUCUUCGAGAUGCACUUGAAAAAUCAACAUUUGGUUUAACAGUAAAGUCACUGUCAGAGACACGAUGGAACGCAAAUUAUGAGUCUCUUCAUUGUGUUGUUGAGUCAUUUCAUGAAAUUCUUCAUUGUUUAGAAUCCAUUGAAUCGAUUGAAUCAAAAGAAUUUGAUAAAGAAACAAAAGCUCAAGCUAAAAACAUUAGAAAUAAACUAAUGUCAGAAGCGUUUUAUGUCAAACUAUUUCGACAAAUAUUAGAUCAUUUAUAUGUAGCUUACAAUGAUUAUUUACAAAUCAUGACUGAAAAAUUACGUUAUUUUCAUAAUUUAGCACCUAAUCGCAUUCAACAACUAACAAUAAAUGAUUGUAAACAGAUAUAUAAAAUUGUACCAGGAUUAUCAAGUGAAGAUUUAUUAUUUACAGAAUUUGAAUUGUUACGUGAUACAAUUGAACAGUGUGAGAACAUGGAGAAUGUUGUAGGACUGCUACAAAAGUCUGGUCAUUUAUAUCCACGUGUUGCAAAGGUGUACAAUUUCUUGUUUAGCCUUCCAAUCACAACAGCAACCAAUGAACGAUGUUUUAGUAAAUUAAAAUUGAUCAAAAACCACUUGCGUACAACAUUAAAAAACGAAAGAAUUGAACAUUUAAUUUUAUGUUCUACUGAAAAUGACUUAUUGGGUGACUUAGAUUUAACAAAAUUAGCAGAUGAAUGGGUACGAUACUUUUUGUCUUUGUUUGCUUAUAAUGCAAUCGAACGAAACACAUUUGAGUUAAUUUUUAUAUUUGCUUCAUUUUCGACUGUUUUAGGCACAAAUGAAAGAUCGAAGAGUCAAAAUUGGUCAAACGCAAAAUAAGUGAAAAUUAUGAAUGGACAGUAUCACAUGAGGGGUUUUUAUAUUUAGUAUAUGUGGUGGUUUUCUUAUUUUUUGUUUUAUGAUUGUGAUUGUACAUACUUUUUAAAAUGUAAUUGAACUUUUCUUUUUUUCAAACACG